UUUACACCUGAGGAACUGCACAUACUGAAUCAAUCAUUUGCAGAGAGCCCUUAUCCCGACUAUACGACCAAGGAGGAACUGGCCAAAAAACUCCAUUGUUCGUUUUACACAAUCGAGAACUGGUUCCAAAAUAAAAGAGCCAGACUACCAGCCAAGAAGAGACGCAAAGUGCUUGAAGCCAGGAUGCCAUAUGCACUCCCUGUCCAAGGUCCCCCAGGUGUAAGCCUGCAGAAUUCCCAGGAGCGGUCUCCCAACACUACCCAGGCAGCUGUGCUGGUUGGAGCUGUCUAUACUGCUCCACAUGCCCAGGAGCGGUCUCCCAACGCUGCCCAGGCAUCUGUGCUGGGCGGAGCUGUCUACUCCACUCCACCCACUUGGGAGGUUCCCAGCCCGCUCUACGGCUCCUGGGAUUCUGGGGUUCGAGGUGCUCAAGAGGCACCGAGCUAUGCUCUGGAGAAUCAAGGGAAUGUAGGAGGUGGAUCUUUUCCCCGUGGCGUUCCAGGAGCAAGGUUUAUUCAUCCUUUUUCAUCCGCACCGUAUUUUGGGAGGUCCAGGUCAGAGAUGAGGGUCAUGCAGCCUGACUGGCCUUCCCUGCUACCCAGUGUUCCCAGUGCUCAGGGAGCAAUGCAACAGCUGCAGGAGCAGAAGAGCUCUCUUCGUUACCCACUAUGUGAAGAAUGGCAGCAGAAUGGCUGGGGAACGCACCCUCAGCAGCCCCAGCAGCCUCUGGAUUACUGGCAGGAGCUGCCCUCCCAGGACCAGUUUCCAAUGCAGCAGAAUCACAACAGCGCAGAGAACAGGGUGCCUUUUCCUCUGUCCCAGCAGCAGCCUGGAGAUCGUCAAGGUGAUGGAGAGCUCACGUUCUUGCAGGUGUUGAGCACAGCUCUGCGGGUACUCAGUUCUCCAACAGAACCUCACGAGCAAGAUACACAGCAAGGUGGUGCCCGAGAUGCCCAGUUCUGA